UCGUAGCGCGCACGGCACGCAUAUCGGUUUCCCAUCACUGACGUCGCGCUCGACGCCAUCGCCGUCGUCGUGCGUAUACCGUCGUCGACUGCGCGUCCGCACGCUAAUUUCACGCUGUGACGAACGCGCGCGACGAGAACGCGUGGAUUGAUCGCCGCGCGCGAAUCGGACGCACGGUAACGCGCGCGCGGGACAGAGAGAAAUAGGCAGAGAGACGGAGAGAGAGAGAGAUCGGUCGGUGCGGUGCGAACGUUCCUCGAGAGACGCUCCAUCGUCCGUCGAACAUCAUCGCUCGGAGAGAGGAGGUUCGGUGGUGCGCGCGCGCUCUCUCUCUCUCUUGCCCCGUCCACCUAGUGAUCACCACCGAGCCAUACCCGGAGACGAAUGCUGGUGUCUUGGCGCAUCUGCGAGAGGACGUAGCGGGACCCGUCGUGAGACCGAGUCGCUACGCCGACAUAGUCGUUUGUUCGCUCGAAAUACCGCUCGCGAACGAGCGCGGCUCAGGACGACGUGUUCUUGAAAACUCGAAUGUGACGGGGACGCGGCGAAGAAGCUCACAGCGACGAGGAAGAGGACAUCGCGGACUGUCCUCGCCGCAACCAGUGCUGGAGAGCUCUCCUCUCCUCGUCUCUGAUCGAAGUGUCUGAUUCUCGUGAGAGGAAGAGGGUAAGGAUGGAGACGGCAGGUCGUCGUCGUCGGCAGCAGCGAGCAACGACGAGGCAUCGUUGUACGGCUCGUCAUACGUGAAAGCUCAACAAAGGGAGUGAGCGAGAGAGGGAGGGAGAGGGAGAGAAAGAGAGAGUAAGAGAGCACGCCCUUGCGAGACUCUCUCGGAAGAGGGCAGUGGAGGGCGGUUUGCACUCGUCGCUCUCGACUCGGCGGCGGCCCCCUACAUGACGCCCCACUUAGGCCGUUAGGGCAGCAGGCGCGCACUCGCCGCCACUGGUCACCGGUGGCGGUGACGAAAAGGGGCUGAUGUCAGUGCGGCCACUCGGCGGCGUUCGCUCGGAUCGUCAGCUCGGAUGCGCGAACGCGAUACUGUGCACGCACGCAUCAGCGUCGACGUACCGCGAACGAGGCGAGCAAGGGCGACAACAAGGACAGAAGGAGAAUCUACGACAGCUACGGAGAACGCGGUGAUGCCCGCGGCAGUGGCCGCGAGCAGCAGCAGCAGCAAGUGGCGAUCGGUAGUGGCGGAUCGGCGGCGACGGGCACGAUCGACGAGCGAAUAUUGUCUGACGCGCGCGAUCGUGGCUGCGUCGGUCGCGUCGGUAGGUCGAACCGAGUGGCGCAGCCCGAGGAAUAAUGCGUGUUAGACACGACGACGACGACGACGACAUUAAGACGCGCCGAGUACCGAGACGACGACGACGGUACGACGACGACGCGAGUAGUAGUGUGCCAUCAUCGGCGACGAGAAGAACGACGACGACGACGACCGGGAGGAGCGGCGAAAACAACGAGCCCCGACCAUUGCUAUUACUACCGCAGCAGCUGCAACGGCAGCGCAAUUAUGUACGCGUCGUACGGCACCGAGAUCACGUAGUGGUCGGCGUGUAAUUAUGUUGUUGUCAUCGUCGCGCGGCGCGACCUGUGCAGUAGAUCUUCACGGUGAAAAUCUGGCGUGAGCGGUUCCGCGGUGGAACGGGGAAUAUGGCGUCGGUCUCGGCCGAGACUCCAGCCAGCCAUGGGCACAGCUUCAGCAAGAAGACGUUCCACAAACCAACGUACUGCCAUAGCUGUACGGACAUGCUCUGGGGCCUGAUACAGCAGGGGUACAUCUGCGAAGUAUGUAACUUCGUGGUGCACGACCGCUGUCUCAAGGCCGUCGUCUCUCCCUGCUCCAGUAUCGCGGCAAGCCUGAUCAAGAACCCGGUGGCACACUGCUGGUCCGAACAAGUGCAUCGUAAAAAGAAAUUCUGCAACGUCUGUCGAAAACGAUUGGAUGAUAAUCUAUCCGUACAUUGCGAAAUAUGCGAGUACUUCGUGCACAUAGAAUGCCAAGACUUCGCAGUGGCAGACUGCAAAGAGAAUGCUACAUACUUACCUGGGAAGGAUCUGGCAGCGGUGAGACACAUUCACCAUUGGCGGGAAGGCAACCUUCCGAGCAGCUCCAAAUGUGCUGCGUGCAAGAAGGGUUGUUGUUCUGCCGAGUGCCUCUCCGGAUUUCGUUGCGAGUGGUGCGGCAUGACGCUGCACGCGUAUUGUUACAAGAAUAUUCCCCAAGAAUGCACCUUCGGUAACUUGGAGCCAAUUUACCUGCCACCACACGCAGUUAGUAUUCCGCGCACCGAAGUUCCCAUGGAAGCCAUCAUCGGUGUACAAGUGCGUCGUAAAGAAGUGCUGGCGCGUGAGUAUUCUUGCCAUAACAUCGGAGAGCAAUUCGAUUUCGCUGAGAGUGAACAAAUUGGGGCUGCAGGCCGCCUAGCCGAAGCUUUGAGGCGCCUUUCGCUAGUUUUGCCACGUAGCUGCCAUGGAAAUUGUCAUGCUUCCCCUCCCUAUGUUCGAGCGCGGAGCAUAUCAGAAGAGUUCAGUAGCGACGCGAGGUAUCGUGAUAAUGGAGAACCGGCUCAAUGCACGCACGGCCGUGAUCCGCGUUCUCCUAAGGAGAAAGACGACAAAGAAAGAGGUGACGAAGAGAUGAUUAAAGUAUACGAUGGUAAUAACUCUCUGAGGCGACGGAUAUUUCGGGUGAUCUCGGUGCCUAGGCAGGCUACAACAGAGCAGGUUCUCACGUCGGCAUUACGCGCCUUUCACAUCACGAAAGAUCCUAGCAAUUUUUACUUAACCGACCUAUACGCCACAGAAGAAACUGAGUUGUGCGAUCCGACGCCCGUUUUAAAUUUAAAUCGCAAAGAAGGCAAACGUCCGGCUGUGUUCUUACGAUUUAAAAAUAAUAACAGCGGAGAAGUGCGAGUUUACCCUGGCAAACUGCAAGUCUCAGAGUCCUUCUGUACAGUACCUGUCUUUGAGAAAACAACCGUUGCAGAUUUAAUAAGCGAAGCUCUGGAAAAGUUUGGUUUACAAAAUUUUAAUUGUGAUGAUUAUAGAUGCAGCGAGAUUCUAUUAGAUCGUGGUGUAACGGAGAGAGUUCUAUCUUGGGACGAAAAACCCUGGGAUAUUGUCAAGCAGUUGGGAAAGGAUUCUAUUAGACAAAUGGAACUAAUGCGGUUCUACUUACAAUUGAAACAAGAUCCCCAUGGACCUAAUCUGGCUUUAUUCGUGGGCAACUUACCACCAAAUCUUUCUGAAAGAAGCUACGAGAACAUGUUAAUAGAAUUUUUAGGAAAAGAAAAUAGAUUCUCGUCAAUUGGCCCAAUUUAUUACGAAUAUGGUUCGAUGGUUAUCAUAUACGAAGAUUCUAAUAAGGCGGUUAGAGCCUUAUAUACAUUACGGGAAUCGAAAUACGAAGACAAACAUCUCCUAGUAAUGCUUUUACCGAGUAUCGAGCCGAGUAUGGUACCACCGGGCGUUCAACCGUUACUCGUAUUUGUGAAUGUAAAAUCUGGCGGUUGUCAAGGACUUCAGCUAAUUUCUAGUUUUCGUAAACUGUUAAAUCCUUAUCAAGUAUUCGAUCUUGACAACGGUGGACCUUUACCUGGACUUUACGUUUUUCGCCACAUAAAGGAUUACAAGAUACUGGUCUGCGGCGGGGAUGGAACAAUAGGUUGGGUGUUACAAUGUUUAGAUAAUGUGGGUCAAGAUAGCGAGUGUUCUUCUCCCGCAUGCGCUAUCGUGCCUCUGGGAACAGGAAACGAUCUCGCUCGUGUGUUAUGUUGGGGUUCCGGUUACACAGGAGACGAGGACCCGCUGAAUUUACUACGAGACGUUAUCGACGCGGAAGAAAUAAUAUUGGACAGAUGGACUGUGGUUUUUCACCCGCAAGAACAAGAUGUAGGCAGUAACCCUCAAGCAGUCGCUAAUGCAACUGGUGCAGGGUCAAGUAGCGAAGAUAACACGCAAAUUUAUGUAAUGAAUAAUUAUUUUGGCAUUGGCGUCGAUGCAGAUUUAUGUUUGGACUUUCAUAAUGCGAGAGAAGAAAACCCUAACAAAUUCAAAAGCAGAUUACGGAAUAAAGGCGUGUACGUGACGAUGGGUUUACGUAAAAUGGUCAAGCGCAAGCCGUGCAAGGAUUUACACAAAGAAAUUCGGUUAGAAGUAGACGGCAAAUUGGUUGAAUUACCACAGGUAGAAGGAAUAAUUAUUCUGAAUAUUUUAAGUUGGGGUUCUGGUGCUAAUCCCUGGGGACCAGAUACCAAAGAAGAUCAAUUUUAUACGCCAAAUCACUGGGAUGGUAUGCUAGAAGUUGUCGGAGUCACGGGCGUUAUGCAUCUUGGACAGAUACAGUCGGGUUUACGCACGGCUAUGAGGAUAGCACAAGGCGGACACAUAAAAAUUCACCUGAACUCGGAUAUACCUGUGCAAGUGGACGGUGAACCGUGGGUGCAGAGUUCGGGAGAUAUCGUGGUCUUGAAGUCCGCACUCAAGGCUACCAUGUUGAAAAAAAGUAAGAUCAAGCGUCGCAAUACCGAACCGUCGAUUCUACCUGCUAAUGGGGAGGGGGACAAGAGCACGGACGAGUAAUCCAACCAUACCACAGCUUACAACCGCUCGCUCGAUCGUUUUUAGUCUCUCUCUCUCGUUGAAGAUGCGCGCGCGCGCGAGAUCUCAGCCUAGGUUCCUCGAUGCGCGCUCGAACGGCGUCAUACGCACGCGCGUGCAAAGCAGGAGCCUCGGUGUGAUGAACGUGUGCCGUAUCUGAGCGAUACAUCCAUAAAAAGAGAAAGAAAAAAAUAGAAAACGAGAUAAAAAGAGAAAAAUCCGGUCCCUCCUCGUUGGUGCAUGUAAAACCGAUCGACUUCCGUAAUUAUACCUUGUCGAUGCCUCGAUCCAACGCAGCUAGCUCGAGCUUGUCGUAAUGUGUGGAUUAGACGCAUUCUAUUACCGGAUAGUAGUGUUUAGCUUUUACGAGAGUAACGUUUCUUCCUCUUCUCUACUUCUUCUUCUUUCCCUUCUUUUUCUGUGUAUGAUUCGUUGAUCUUGAGUUGAUCGUAAUUUCUAUUUCUACUUUCUACUUUCUAUUUUGUCAGUGACAUUGACUGACAUUUUUUAUCGACUACUCCUUUGUGCGUUCCCUGAUCCUGUCCCUUCCUAGGCUACGAUGCUGAAGAAGACUAAGGGUAAAAUGAAGCGGCGAAAUACAGAGUCCAGCAUGCAGUUGGCGCUACAGGCUGCACCACCGAACGAACCGGACGCGGAAAUCUUCUGAGUGAAUGAACAAACGUUAUGUGAAAGUGGAUGAGAAUACGUUGCCGUGAUCGCGAGCACGUAGCCACGCAAGACAGAGGACUCGAUCGAUUUGGCACUGCAGUAAUGAAACAAAAUCGGCCUUGAUGAAAUCGUCUGACGGCGGUUGCGAUGCACGAACUUAAACAUAAGGCAGGCACAUACAACGCAAGAGAAAAAGGGAAGGAACAACCACUCGUCGAGAGGAAGCAGAGAGAGGGACAGGUAGAUAAGGUUUUCAAAUCACACGGACACACAUAAUAUACACAGUAUAAAAAAAAUCCCCGAUUGAUGAUUCUUAAUGUUUGUUCUUACAUUAAUAGAAAGGCAAAAUAGAUCUCAUUUUUAAAUGUUAAUAAUUAUAGCACUGUACGUAGCUCUCUUAUCGAUCAAUAUUUUUUUAGUAAAAUUAUAAUAGAUCUUUACAUACGAUACACACGUGACCAUAUGCGCACACACGCACAUUCGUUUGCACAGCGGUUUGAGUAUUUUCUUUUUUUUUUUGCGACUCAUUUCCGAGAUGCAUCCAACGAGAGAUCCUAUCAUAUGAGAAAAACUCAAACGCAAAUUUUCUCAUUUGGAUGUCAACUAUAUUCCGAAGUACAUCGAAGAGAAAAUGUCCGAACUGUUUUACAAACGAGUAUACAUACAUAAACAUGCAAUACAUUAAGCAGUAUUGAAGGAAGCUACGAACUUAAAGUCUAUUCGGACAAACUUGCAUAAUUGCAUAUGCACGAGGAAAUCAAACAAUCAUGAUUUGUCCAACAGAAAGAUGUGUUUUACAUUAGAUUUAAUUAGAUUAGUCAAUUUCAUUGUAUAUAUGCAUUACGCGACUGCGGGAUGUUUCUAAAAUCUGUUCGUACUUUCUAUAUUUUUGGAAUGAUUAAAAAUAUAGAGAAACGCCGAAACAUUUUUUAUUUUGAAGGGUAACCUUUUUAUCAAAAAAUUUUUUCUUCAGUCUCCCAAGGCAGGCUAGACGUUGGGGGAACCCAAAAAUUUCAAAUGGCAAAAAAAACUUAGUCAUACCUCAUUGAAAAAGUUUUAUUAAUAAGAAAAUUUUGUUGCAAAUUCGAAGUUACUGCAUUAUUCCUAUUCGAAUUAAAGAAUCAAAUUUAAAAAAAUAAUCCUUUUAUUUUUUACUUUUAUUUUUUACUUAGACUAAGAAGGUCAUAGAGAAUCGCGCGAGAUGGCGCAAAAUAAUGUUUGUCUAAGAAUGUUCUACUAAUCUCCCUAGACAGUACAAUGCCCAAAAUCGGGUCAUAAAAUGUCUUUAAGAUAUUUUUAAGACAAGUUUAUAAGAUAUUGUCUUAAAUAUGUCUUAAAGGCGUCCUAAAGAUGUCUUAUGACUCGAUUUUGGACAUUUGUGCUGUCUGGGUCUAUUUUAUUUUCAGGUUUAAUAUCUCCUGAAGCAAUUCCUCUAGUUCUCUUUAAAAAAAAAUCUAAGUUCCUCUUACUUUUUCAAGGAGGACAAAGAGCUCAGAGUCGUUCAGUAGUUUUCUUCUAUAAUGCGAAAAUUGUCAGAUAAUAAUUGAUUCUAGAAAUUCAAAACUCUGGGUUCCCUAUUUUGGUUUCGCUUAGCUCAGAUUCUCAGCAAACACAAUAAUAUAAUUGUUACAUUGUCGUAAUGUAACGAAAUAUAACAUGUAAUGUAACGUAUACGUUAUGUGUACAUGUUAGUUGUAAUUUCUCAUUUAAGCGACUAUGAUAAUAUAACAGAAAUAUAACGCGUAAGUAACGUGUUAACAGUUUUUAUUUGUUUAAUGGAUCAUAUUUUACAAGAAACAGGUGCCAUUUAAAUGACAUCUGCAUAUAAACAUAUUAUAUAACAUAAACAUAUAAUGCGAACGCUAUACUUGUUAUAAAACGAAAUUAAUUAAUCCCAAUAUUAAUAAUGUAUACUAGCAUUAUGUUAUGUGUUAUAUAAUAAUUACAGUCUGUGUUUGCUGAAUUUUUUUGAAAUUUCUCUAUCAAUUAUAUCCAAGAUUUUGACUAUGGAUCUAAUCGUUAUCUGACAACGUUCACCAUCUAGAAAAAACAGGUAGAUGUCUCUAAGCUGUUUGUUUUCUCUGAAAAAAUAGAGGACCCAGAUAUCGAAUUUUUUUUUAAAAGACUAGGAACUCCUUCAGAAAGAAUUAAGCUUGAAAACAAAAGUAGGAUUUAGAAUCUUCUUAGAGUUUGAAUAAAAAAAUAGAGGUACAUAAGUCAUUUUUUUAACUCUUUAAGGCGCAUAAUUCAUGAAACAUUCUAGUAACUUUUUUUUAGUAAAAUAUUAUCAAAAACACUCUAAAUAGCACAUUUAUAAGGUUUCAACUGCCCGAUUCUAAGUGGUCUCUAUUGGUACCAGUGAUACUUAAAGGGUUAAAUUAACCUCCAAUAAUUUUUUAAUAGGGGGAAUAUAGCGACUCCAAACUUGCUAAAAUUGUUCCGUCAGCAAAACGUUUUUAAUAAAGUAUAGUUAAUCAUUUGAAACUUUCGAAUUUUCCUUACCUACGUUCACCUUGAGAGACUGAAAAAAAAACUUUUUUAAUUUUGGUACUUUCCCCACCGUAUCUUAAUAUUUCCCGAGGAUAUUUACGGCUGUUUUACACUAUUCUUUUUAUUUCUUUAAUUUAGAAUAAAUAAUAUUCCUCUAUUCCCUUUCUUUUUAUUCUUCUUGUAUAUCUGUAUUCCUAUUUUUUCAAAUAUCGUUAUAUAAUCUCCAGUUAUAUCCAUUUAAUCUACGUCAUACGUGAGCUCGCUACAAGUUUCCAGAAGGAACUCCUCCGAAAAAAAAUUUUUUCAGUAAAAAAGGUUAAUCACUUAAAAUAAAGAAACAUGUGUUUCUCCAUGUUUUCAGUCAUUCCCAAAAUAUAGAGAGUGCGAGUAGAUUUUGAAUAAAAGUUUGACCAAAACAGAUAGAUUAGACAGAUAUAUACAAGUUCGUCCGAAUAGGUUUUUAUGCGUGCUCACACGAUGACGUUAAUUUAUACAUAUUUACGUUCCAAGCUUGAUAGUUGAUGAUGAGAAAAAGAAGUCGUGAUGUAUAUUUACGUUUCGUAGAUAUUUUGCAGAUCUACACAGAGUUAUUACGAUACGAAACGUGAAACUCCGGACGAAUAUAAAAAAGGAAACGCAAGCAAAGAUCAGUUGUUAAUAACAUAUUAUAGAGUAUUUAUGAUUAAAUAUUAAUAUAUAUUUACAUAACAUUGUAUUAGUACUACGACUUUAAGUUGUGACAAUUGUUGUGUAUGUCUGGCUGCUGGGCAGUCUGGAAUUCGUUAAGAACCAGUGGCAGUCAGAGUUUCCUAGGAUACGAUUAAUAAGGGGGCAAAUUAAUAUAUCUUUUUCGUAAGACGAUAAGAUCUCACACAUCGCGAAUUAACGAGUGCUUUGCCGGUCCGUCUCUACGAUGAGAGAGAAAAAGAAAAGAAAGGGAAAGAUAGACAGAGAGACAUACAUACACACACAGACAGACAGACAGACAGACAGACAGACAGACAGAUAGAUGUAUAGAUAGUGUUGCGUUCACGUCCGUGUCCGGAUUCAUGAUCGUAACUUCCGCAGCACUCCCAUCAGAGUCGGAUUGGCAAUGUGACUGACCUCGGAGCUCCGACAGUCUCCCACGACGACGAAGUUUGGCAGUGCCAUCGGCAACAUACAUUCCACUAUUAACAUGACAAAGAAUCGUGAAAGCACAGAAAUAUAUACACUUACCAAAAGAGGACAAAGAAGCGUAACGUGCUAACGUGCUACGUACUUAAAAAAAAAAAAGAAAGAGAAGAACUAAGAUCGUCGGGAUGUGUCGAACGACAUACGGGAGAGGACAGGACCAUGCGAAUCGGAGACAGUAUACCGCUUGCGAGCUUCCACAUCUUUGAAUGAUUACAUACACAGACACACAUAUACAUAUAUAUAUAUAUAUAAUACUCGAUGUAUUCUAGUAGUGUGUGUAUGUAUAUAUACACACAUAUACACUACCAGAAUACAUUGAAUGUCACAUCCAUCCUCGAAGCACGCGACGGGAAUAAAUACUUAAGCUCCGAUGUCGCUUUUACAUAUGCUGGGGAUAUGUUCAUAUUGGACUUUUCUUCGCGCGAUCGGAAAGGAAAGAAAAGAAAAGAAAAAGGAAUAAAAUAGCGACAACUUUCGUGCCAAACAAUUGUACAUAAUAUUAUAAAAGUGUAGGGACUCAUAAGACGGUUUGCCAGUUAAAUCGCGACGGCAUUUAAUGCGACAACGUCGACGGACGGAGAGCGAGAGCGAGAGAAAGAGAGAGAGAGAGGGAGAGAGUGAGCGAUGUAUGAUGCAACGCGUGUGAAGGGGGUACUUUCUACUUCACGGGAAAGGACCCUUUUUGAAUUACGUACACGUUACGUUAUUUCGUGUGAACGUUAACAAAGGAUAUAAAAUGGCGAAAAAAGGAGAAGACAGCGCGUACCUUUGAUAUACCGUGAGAGUAAAUCAAAGGAAGAAACGAUAGGACUCUUAGUAUGCUUUUAGUACGCGCUGUGAACUUAGUUAAUUAUCUAACUAGACCUCUCUUGGAUGUCUUCAAUUAUGAGAAUAAUUAUCGAAAAUUAAUCAUUGAGAAGCCGGAAAAUCUAAAACGGAGGCGGUCAUGCCCGGAUGAUUGAUCAGGCCUCCGUGUAUCACAACCUGCCAAUGAUGCAUGGGCUCAGUCGUUCAUGUUAUUAUAUCCGGUGUGUCAAUACAUGAGUGACGCAUCAACGGCAGAUUGGAGAGCGAACAUUUGUUAAUCUGACCAAUCUAUAGUAUAUUUGCUGUUGCUAUAAAGAAUAGAAAAACAAUAAGCUAUGAACAAUCUACGUAUAAUAAAUCAAUGUAUGUGCUACAAAGACAA